AUGACGACAGAAAUAAUAUCACAAGAUAAAUUGGAUGUAUUAACACUUCAAGAAAUCAAAUGCAUCGGAGAAUACACCUGCGAUAUAACGAGUAAAUGGAACUCAGAUGGUGGAGAAAAUACAGUAGAAGUGGUUGCUGAAGCAAGCGGUAUUUACAAUGGAAUUUUGUGUAAGUACAAAACCGUGAGUACCAUCACAGCUGACUUUGAAACUAUUGAAGAAAGAUACUAUGAACUUCUUCAACUUUCAAAUACUGACAUGGAGCGAACUGUAACAAUAAAAAAGAAAGAUUUAUUCGAUUACAAUUACAAAAUCAUAACAUCUAGAAAGAAGAAGAUAACCUCGAAAUACAAGCGAGUUAUCAGCGGGGAUAAGAAAACACAAUUUUUAUUCAGAGGCGCGCAGUUGUUUUUGGAGCGUGUUUUAGCAGUGGAGAAUGUGGACUAUCCCCAGCCUAAACUCAACUUCAAAUGCCUUGCCACAGACGACCACCAUUUUUUAGCUAACCUUACCUACCGAAAAUUAACAGUAGAAGACAUGGACGAGAAAAAUUAUGGAAGGCCAGUUAGGGAAAAGUGCAAAGAUCUGACAGACGCAGAAACUGAACAACAUGCAAGGCAGUGA